AUGCAGCAGACCCUCUCGUACUCAUCAUCAUCGCUAUCACCAUCCCCCUCCCCGAUGCCCAAGCCAUCCGCAUCAGCAGAAGCGUCACCGCCACCGCCACCGAUCCCGAAUCCCAGCCUAAAUCCCAGUUCGAAUCCCAGCCCGCGUCCCAGGUCCACAGGCGGCGAUUCCAGAUUCCAGCCGUCCGUCAUCCCGGUGGACUAUAGCUAUCGCACCCACACCACCCGCUCCAUUCUCUCCGCCCAAUCGAUGGCUCCGUCCACCUUCGCCUCCAACCAGAGCUUCGUCCGCCAGCCCUCGGAAUCGGAUGUCCAGCCGUAUAGCAGUCUAUUUGGGGACCCAGUUCCUCCACCCCUUCAAUCCGAUGAUUACUUUGGAUCGGCGGCCUUUGAGACGUUGCGAACGGCAUCGGUGGAACUACCGAGCUCCGAGGAGGAUGCACUGGUGGCCGCCGUGGCGCUGAAUACACUGCUACCCGGCGCCAGGGAACGCAUCUUUCCGAGUGUUCCCUAUGCGAGGACUCCAAGGGGAUCCCUCCUGCCGUACCUGCAGCCACCCGACAUCCAAAUCCUGCCCAACUCGAGCGGUGGUUCCAGUUCGGAGCAACUGGGAUCGCCCAACUAUCGACUCCUCGCACCCGACGACAUCCUCAACAAACCGGACAUGUACGAUCUGGAGAACGAAGUCGAAGAGUACACCGUGGUGGGUCAGAGGAUGUCCUUCGACGGGCAGGAGGAGGGGGAGGAGCCGGCGAGGACUCCCAGCCAAGCGCCUCCGAAGUUGAGUGUGUCCAGCAUUACGACGGAGGAUCACAGAGGUUUGCUGAGUGACUCCUAUUCUGGCCGGGACUGGUUCCGUCCGGCGCCGCAGCAUUUUCCCGAGUUCACGCGCAUCCCACGACUACGUCCCAGUUCCAAGAAUAUCAUGUCCAUGAAACAGGACGAGGGACCGCUCUCCCCGCUGGCCACCAUGAUCCAGGACAUGAACAGCUCGAGCAGCGGAGGCGAGGAGCGGGUGGCGCCCAGUGAAAAGCUGUCAGUCACCAGGGACGUUGUACUCUCACCGCAGCAAUUUUUGGAGGAGCAGAUGGGUCUGGAAAUGGGUAGCCAGAGGCAUUCUCUGGAGGACUAUGGAAUGCCAUCGCCCCCGGCUGCCCCGCCCCCUUUCCACAGAUCAAGGACACAACUAAUGGAUCAGGAAGACAACCAAAGCGUGGAGCCUGCUCCAAGCUUAAAGCGGGAAAUGUCACCCAUCAUCAUCAGGGAUUCCAUUCCCAUGGGAGGAGAUUAUAGAGUGGACCAGCCGCGUCCGCACAAGAAGACUGCUUUCACCAUUCUUUCCACGGCCCAGGCGGUUCCGACUGCGCCAAGGAUUCCCAAGGAUUCCAUAACCAGCCGAAGACACGCCUCCAUUCAGUCGACAUCGACGACUACCUCAUCGCCGGCCGGCAGACCACAGAUCAGUCCACGCCGGAGAUCCAUCUAUGGCUCCGAUCCCCGACUGCCCGAGUUGAACUCCUCCAUUACCAGUAAUCACCACCUCCUCCAGCAGAUGACCACGGAUGACUCGCCACGUCCCUCGGUGCAGUUCAAUAUGAGUGGACGGCACAGCCGGAGCAAGCUGGCCAUUCCGCAGAAGGGCAUCCUCCAGCAGCGGGACUCGCUGACCUCCUCCAUCGACACCUUUACGCCGAGAGCUCAGGUCAGGAGAGGAUCCAUGGGCAGGAGUCCCACCCACAGUCUGCUCCUCCCCUAUGGCCAGAAGAUCAGGAGCAUGGAGACGCUGCCGUUGAUCACGGAUCCGCAUCGCAGCUCCAUUCCCCGCCUGCACUACGGCUCCACCAUGGAUCUGGGCACCCCGGAGCCGGCUGUCUUCCCACCCGGAGCACUGCCGCGUCCACUUAGGCCAAAUCUGAAUCCCACGCGAAGGCAGCGCGGCCUGCUGAAGAUCAUCAACAAAGAGGAGUCGCUCAACCCGCCGCGUUCCAACUGGUGCAGUUUGGAUGACCUCAGCAGACCCUCCUUCGAUGCGGGAACUCCCAAAGCCCAAACACCGCAGGCCAUUAGACGUCGCUCCAGCUCCACUUCGCCGGAACGUCGGAGUUCCACGCAAACGGCCUCGGAUCGGAGGAGCUCGAAUUUGAGUAGCGUCACUGCCACCACCUCGGAUUUCAGUUUCCGCCGUCCCACGCUCUCCACACUGCCAGCGUCUCAAACGCUCUCCAGGUUGCGUCGCAAAUCGAUUCAGGCACCGAGUCCCAAUAGGUUGCCCAACAGGAUUCCCAGCUUUGGUCAGAGGAGGCAGUCCAUCUAUCAGAGGGAUCGGGAUAGGAUUGCCAAGCCCAGCACAUUGUCACCCAUAAUUGGAACUCCCAACAAGGAUAGUAGCUCUGCGCACAGUCCCACCCAUAGGAGCUCACUAAUGGGUGAUGCCGCCGAGACUCCAUCGGAGGUUUCUACAAGGAGGGAUUCGAUCUCCCGCAUCCCGAUAAGAAAAAGUCCCGAAUCUCGCUCCAGUUCACCACUGAAAGAUUUCGGAAUCACUGCCUCCGGACGAAGUUCAAGGAAUAGCAUUAGUAGGUCUCCUUCGAGGGGCAUGAAUCGUUCGCCUUCGAGAUCCUUGCAUCCCAGCAGAACGCCUUCCAGGGAAAGUGGAAGACCUGGUGGGGAUUCGCGAUCCGCUUCCAGGGGACCACCUUCCAGGCCAAGCUCUCGAUUGGAUCAGGUCAGUUCCCGCGUGGAAAGGUCAAGUUCCCGCUUGGAAAGGUCCAGUUCCCGCGUGGAAAGAUCCAGUUCCCGCUUGGAAAGAUCCAAUUCCCGUUUAGAUAUGAGCAAUUCCAGGGGUAAUUCCCGUGGAAACUCACGUGCUAACUCCCGACUGAGCAUCAACUCCUCACUGAGAUCCUCCAGCAUUUCACCCGCCACCAUGGCCAGGAACAGGAGCAUGCGAGCCACCACGCCCAGUCGCCGGAAAUCCAUCUCCUUGAGUCCAGCAAAUGCGAUGAUGAUGGGUCGUCGGAAAUCCAUUAGUCCCGAGGCUUUCACUCAAAACAGAAGAGUUUCCAGUCGGGGAAAGCAGGAAGUUCCAGAGAUCCUGUCUCGUAGGAACUCGCGUUCCCGUAUUCCCACCAGAUCGACCAGUAAAGUCGCCUCCAAGUCCCCGCCGUCUUCCUUCAAGAAGAGAUCGAAAUCGCCGGAGAAAGUGAAAACCAUGGGAAUGACGUCUAGUAAAAGUAAAGCUGCUAAGGUGACAACCACCAAGGGAAGCCCCAAAGCGAAGCCCAAGAUCCCUGCAAGUGCCAAACCAAAGACCAAGACGGAGUCCUCCAUGAAACCACCAGCUAAGAGUGCUAAGAAAACUCCUACAGGACCUAAACCAACCACUGAAGGAAAAAAGCCAACUGGCAAGGCGAUUCCACCGAAGGAUGCAAAGAUGGAGAAGGGAAAGGAGAAGGUCAAGGAGGCGGGAAAGAGCAAUGGGACCAAGGAGCCAGUGCCUCCAGUGCGAACCAAAAACCAGGUUACUAAGAGCAAACCCACUGGAGAAACUACAAAGGAGAACAAGAAACCACAAGCCACCACAAAAGCCCUUGGAAUAGCGUUGGAAAAAGGAGCUAAUGGUUCCGAAUCCGCAGGUGGGAUACUGGCUGCCCAGGUGGGAAACGCAGUGCUCCAGGCGGUUGAAGCAGUUCCCGCGGUCACCAGCGAGGUAAACGUGCCCUCAACCCCAGGUGGCAAAGGAUCUGGAGGAGCCAACAUGUCCAAAUUGGUGCGCAUGAGCUCCAGGAUGAGCCUGCUGAGCAACAAGAGCACCAAAAACCGAUCGGAUUCGCCACAAAACCGAAAGGUGGCCACCGUGCAGGAACUGGCCAAUGAAACUGAAGAAAAAGUUGCUACCAGUUCACAGCAACCCAUGUCCAAUGAUGCCGCUGCCAUUCUGGAAAAGUCGCAGAAAACCCUGGAGAAUAUUCAGAAAACCGUCACCGAGGCCACCGACGAGAUCCACAAGACCAUUACCGAAAAUCUCACCGAUCUGAAGAGUCUGGAGAAUGACCUUGCCGCCGAUCCUUCGCCCACUCCCGGUUCUGGAACCAUUUUGGCCAGACCCGGUGAAUCCGCCUCGCGAACUGGCACCGCCGAUGGAAGCAUUGCUCCUCAGAGUUCAGGGGAGCUGCCCAAAUCCCCGUUUCCACCCACGCAACCUAUCGAAGCCUCCGUCUCGGUUCUGCAUCCCAAUGAAAGCUCCGCCGAUCGAAUUGCCAGUGUGCCGGAGGUGGACUGCGAGAGUUCCGAUCUUCCAACGGUGCUAGAUGCAUCCGAAUCCGAUCUGGGUGCCAAUGUAAUGCCCACGCCCGAAAGUGGAGCGGACUUUAAGGUGGACGCAAAGCGGAGAUCGCCAGACGGACAGGGAGGAUCCACUGCGGGAAGCGGCGGUCUUGCCAAGAGCAGCAGUCAGGAGUUCCUCGAGGACAAGGAUAAUGCCAAAAAGGGCGGUCUGUCCGGCUGCUGUUCCAGGCUGUUCAUGCCCUGCCGCCGAUCCCGGUGCUCCCGUUGCUGCCGGCGCCGUGAGAGGAACCAGUCCGCCGAGGAUCAGCCCGUCCUGUGGAGCGGCAACAGUAGUGCCACCACGGCCACCAAUGUCCAAGUGAUCGAUGAGACCAAGCCGAAGCGCAAAAAGGCCACCGAUUGGCUAAAGUCCAGCUGCUGCCGGAGCUGUCGCAAGAAACCCGCCUCCUCCGAGGGCGAGCCCGAUCCCGUCCAGGAGGAAGUGGCCAAGAGGACCAAGCAGGAGGCCAACAUGAGCACGGGACCAAAGGCACGCGGUAAAUGUGGCCUCUGCCUGAGCAAGGUGUUCUGCUGUCGCUCGGUCAACAAGGUGGAUCCCACCACGGGCGAUGAGACGGAGCUGAAGAAGUGCUGCUUCUGCAUACCCUGCCGUCGGGGUAAUCGACCCAACAAGAAGGGCAGCACCGUUUCCUGGCGGGAUCAGGACCCCGAGCUGGGAAUAAAGCCCACCGAGUCCUCGGUGGUGGAAGGCGCCUCUGAGGCGGCAAUGUCAGCGACCACGGAUGCUGCGAAUAACCAAGUUAAAGAGGGAUGCUGCAAGCGUUUCUGGCUGAUGUUGCUGUGCUGUCGCAAAAAGAAGCGUCGUGAGUCCAAUGCUCGAAGAAUGAGUAUCAAGGCGCCGCCACCCAGUGAGGCAAGUAUUCCCUUUAAAAUAGAUUAUACAAUAUCUAAAAACAAUUUCUUUGCCAUCAGGACACCCGUAAAAAAGCUGCACGUGGACCUGGUGGAGUAUGCAUCGAAAAUGAAGGGGGCUAUUCCAGUGUUGCCCCUUUAUUUGGCCUGGUUCUGCGCCUUUUGCAAUGUGAUUUUUCCAGGUUUAGGAACCCUACUCUCUGGACUGUUUUGCCUGUGCGUGGGCAUUCCGCGCUUCUCACAAUUCGAUAGUGCUCGUGCCAGGAUUGGAUCCUUCAUUAUAAACAUUAUUGUGGCGGUUUCGCAGUUCCUCACCGUGCUCUUCUGCUUUGUGGGAUGGGGCUGGUCCAUCUGGUGGGGAACCAUAAUGUUAAAAUGUGCAAAGAAACUGAGCAAGAUCAAAAAGGUGGAGCGUUUGGAGAUGGAGGAGGAGCAGCGCCAGGAGCACCUGGCGGAGGCGGUCAAGAACGGAGAAACCGAGGCGGCCAAGACAUAGUCCUCCGUUCCCGGAUAUAACUAAGUUGCUUUUUAUACCAUUGUGUACAUACUUUUGUACAAAACAUGUA